AUGUAUAUAGAGAGAGUCGCGAGGGACCUGGAGCAGCGCCUGGAGACUGUGGAGAAGCGCUUGCACAACGUUGUCUUCAAUGCAAAGGCUGAGUUGGAGGAAGGCUUGCAGAUCCAGGGUGUCACGACGGCAUCGGCACCCGUGCGACUGCCAUUCAGACACGAGCCGUUGGAAAUCUCCACAGCGCCGGACGACGAUCGAGAUGCAGCCCAGCCACUGCCCAAAGAUCGGCAGAACAAUGCUGAGUACCGUUUCGACGCCUGUGUUUGGGAUUCCUGCGUCCUUGUGGGUUUGGGAAUCCUGUCUUGGCAAGAGUCGUUGGCAGUUGCUUUUUGUGGAUUGUGGUCUAUUUUGGUAGAGGGCUUCUUCGUCUUGAUUCUUUACGACAACAUGACCGAAACGGUCUUCGAGACCUCGCUUGCCGAAGAAAUGCGGGACUGGCGCAUUCACUUUGGCCAGAACAUCAACUACAUAGAUGCCAUCACGGGCCAGCCGUUGAUCAUGGGUGUAUGCAGCAUGUCGAACUCCUUAAUGAACGGGAAUGUGCAAGCGGAGAUUUACGAAACAAUGUUCAAGUACGGCAUCCGCGAGACCGGCAACCAAGAUCUCCGCUGGCCCUUGCUUCCUGUUGGAGCAUGGUUAGCUCUUAUCGCUUUGCUAGUUUGGAUCUUCACAGUGCUCAAGGAAAUGAGUUGUGCAUGUGGUUUCGGCGUCGCUGUGGCCUCUUUGCCGCGGAGUUCGAGUGUCGCAGACGCGGUCUCGAAUCGAAAGCGGCUGUCCGUUGUCAGCUUGCAUCGCGUCGUGGUUCUUGUCGUCUUCAACAUGCUUCCCAGAUUGAGCAUCGCCCUAGUCCUCGGCAUAAUUGGAGUCCACUUUCUGGCAAGCACCACAUCUCUUUCUGAUCUGAUUUUGAACGCGGUGGCCCUGGAAGUAGUUCUUUGCAUCGACGACCUCUUCUUCGCAGUGCUUGUUCCGCGCCGCGUGCACGAGACGAUCAAGUCGUUGAAGCCAAUUCCAGUGAAGCUCUGGCGACCCUGGGUUCUACAAGCACGGCAAGCUUUCAUAUUCACGCUGUCGCUAGCCUGCUUGGUGGGGUCGCAUGUCCUCUGCUUGCAGCCGCUGGUCAACAACAUGCAAGCUACGGCGGAUGCCAUGUGUUCUGGGGUUACCAACUUUACGUACUUCCAAGAUGCAGCGGGGCUGGCUUACAUUCUCGACGACAGCCUCGAUGCUCUGCCUAAGAAGUCUGAUGAAGGCUACGCCUACCGGGCAGUGCUGCAAGCCACUCAGCUAGAGGACGUGCAGCCUCCCGGCUUGGGGGCACAGCUCCUCAAUCGGGAGCUCUUUGGUCUGGCCAUGCAGUUGAAAAGUUUGGGUUUCGAGGAACGCAGCGAGUUUUGGCCUUUGUGCCAAGACUUGGACAGUCCCGUUUAUGCAGGCUUCGGAUUGGUGAACUUGGGCACGGCAGCAAUGGAGAAGCUGCGGGAGUUACUUCCGGAAGCCACUGCAAUAGAGUCUUUGCAGUCUUGUCCUUCUGUGCAGUCAUUCUGCUUCAAUGGCAGCUUGCAUCUCGAGACAUUAUGGCGGUUACGCGCCCUUUGCCCUGUCACCUGUGGAUGCAACGACUUGAAGUCCGGGAGCUUCAUUGCCAGCCUGCCUUCCUUCGGCUGCCCUUCGGUCUGCAGGACGCUCUUUGACGAGAGUGUAACAGAACUUUCAACCUGCUCGGAUGCACCGACGAACAGCGAGGCUCUAAAGACCUUCCUACAUGGCCUGCGGCAGCGGAAGGGGAUCAUCUUCCGAAGCAACUCCACGACCUGCGAAGCUUUCGCAACUCCCGUGAACAUCGACGGGACCGAUUUCGAUUUUUGUGUGCAGACGGCAGAGCUUGGCAAAAUGGGGUUCCAGUCAUCUCAGCUGCUUUGUCCAGCGGUUGCCAGUCGGAACAUAUCCAACAUGGGAGUGGGUAGCAUUCUGAAAGGACAUCCGACUGGCAUGGACAACAGUGCCUCCGAGCUUCAGGACCUUCGCGCAAAUGUCAUGGUCCUAGAGGCUGGUCGCGACGAGCUGGAGCUGCAGGCCGAGUUGUUGCGAACAAAGUACCAGACCCUGGAGGCGGAGUACCAGGAGCUCCAAGAGUACUCUGCCGCCUUGCGCAGCGACUCCGCCGCUGCUCGGGGCCGUGCACUGCAGGAUGGCUCCGAAGCACAUGCUCAGCAUGCCAGCAGUGUGGCCCAGCAUAUACGGCUGCAAGCGUUGAUGUCCGUGGAGGCAGAAGAGCUGCGCAGACAAGUUGAGCGGCACGUGAAGGAGCGAGGAAUGCUAGAGGCAGAGUUAGCCAGGCUCCGUGCCGAAGUCCGUGCCUUGGUUGCCGAGGUGCAGGAUCUGCGGACAGCGCCUGCCGGGUCUCCACUAGCCAUGGCAGAGAAGUGGGCAGGUAUCACGUAUAUGGGCAAGGUUGUCGUUGAUUUCGAUGAGGAGCUCAAAGGACCUUUGGGUCCUCUGGCCGCUGUAAACUGCAAUCAGUGUGCCUCUGCCACCUCAGCCUUCCAUCGUGGUGAUGCCUCCCGGGUCGCCCUGAACGCUUACUGCAAGGCUGAUCCUGAGUCGCAAGGCUACUUGGAGCAGGAUGGAGUCCAUACAUUUCUUGAAGCGGUCUUUCAGCACCAUGGGUUGACUCCGCCGCUGAAAGCUCAUGUUGAUGCUAUGUACCAUCGCUUCUGUCCAAAGGAGGACAGGCUGGAAGCCCUCGCGUGCUUGUGCCUGGCAGAUGCCAUGCUAAGAUCAGUGUUGCGCAUGCACACGAAGCCCGCAUCGGUGUCUUCACGGACCAUGCCGAGCACGCAAGACGUUUCUCAUCUGCAGACUGCUGGAGCAGCUCCACUCCCCUAUCCGCAGGCGGCCACGACAUGCCCGGCAUGUGGUGAGCCCUGUGAGGCGGAUCAAAAAUUCUGCAUGUCAUGCGGCACAAGGCUGCCGACGACCGUCUCAUCACAAGUGGUAGAUCUUCCAACUCGGGGCGCCGCGGAUGGUCAGCGCCGGGCUCCAGCGCUGUCGGCCGCAUUGCCUGCAAGACAGCUUCAGCCGCCACCCGUGGCCGUCAGAGGGGGAGGAGCUGUUGCCGGCGGCACCGUCCUGGAUCCAUCAAGGAUCAAACGUGCCGUUGUGGGCAACUCUACAGGAAUGAAGCGUGCUCUGGAUAGCGGGGAGGAGGUUCCUCUUCGCAGUGACGAGCUCCGGCCGCCAGAUGAGCUGCCCGAGCGCGAGGCAGCAGCAGUGCGUGCCGCGCUGGAGCGCUGGAGGGAGCUCAGGCAGCGAGUGGAGGUUCUGAGACCGAUGCUAGAGCAUGAGGAUCGCCUUAUGCAGGACAUCCUAGAUAGAGGUCUCGGGAGCGAGGACCGGAAGACACUGCGGAAGCUUGCCAGUGUUGGUGCCCGCGAUGCAGAAGCAGAAGCUGCACAGGUUGCAGACUCUGUGGGGCAGGAACGGCAUCGGUUGCAAGAAAUUCUCAUGCAAAAUCAUCGAGAGCUGCUUGAGCUGUCGACGACCACCACGCCAGAUGACAAGAAGGAGCUCAUCUCAGAGAUGGACAGCGUGCUGGAUGAGCUCAAGAAAGCACAGGAUGCGGUGCACGUGGAGCUCUUAGCAACCAAGGACAAAGAGGACAUGUCUGCAGUCCGAGCCUACGGUCGUUCAUUGAACGAUUUGAAGGCUCUUACGAGACGUCUGGACUGCGAGCGGCGAAGUUUGACCAAAAAUUCGGCUUUGGCGAUGCUACUCGUUACAGUCUGUAGACGAAUACUUCCCGCUCGGAAGAUAGACCCCUCCGAGUUGAUGAACAUACCGGCCUCACAUCAAGGGUAUCUACGGAUACUGGACUUUUACUUCUUCUCGGAUGCAAGCCUUUACUGCUUUGGAGAACAUUUCUCCGGCCCGAAUUGGUUCACUCGCUUGAAGCGAAACGUUGCAAUACUGUCCGUCUCGGACGGUGACGGAAAAAGUGUCUAUAAUGACUUUGCGGUGAGCGGUGAGUACAAAACUCCAGGCGCGCCGCUGGCUCCUGACAAUGGGCCUCUUCAGUCGAUUGAAGCUGCUGACGAAAAUGGUCGCGUUUUCGAUCGCCGCCAUGAUGCAGAGUUCAAACUUCUGACUGGUCUCUGCGGAAUGGUGCCAGCGGAGAGGCGCUCGACCUGGCGUGCCCGGGCGACGCUGUGGUCGAAGAAACCGCUUUGCCGAAGCUGCGCCGAGGCGGUGGGCCAAGUCGAACGACUUUUCCCCAAAUUGAAAGUAAACAUUGUUGUUGGCGAGCCAAAACCCGAGAACGACGGCUCCCUGGUUUCGUGCUCAGUGCCGAAUGGCAAGACGCUCGAGGCAAACGGCUGUCGAGCGGAGCCGGGGUCAUUGCCACAAUGA